GUUUAAAAUAAUGGUUACCUCAAAUUGAAGUUUGUGUAUAAAUCUGAUGCCAAAUUGCAGAAAAAUUAACAAUAAGCAGGCUGUGUAGAAAUAUGGCAAUUUUGUCCAUUAUUACCUGUCUGCUUCUUCUCUCCAUCACUACCACAGAUGGGAGUGGGCAUCAGCUGAUAUUAGUAAACAACUGUAAUGAAGAUAUCUGGCCAGGAAUUCAGGGCAGUGUAGGGCAGGAAGUACCUAAUGAUGGAGGGUUCCUCCUAAGCAGUGGCCAAGAAGUGGUAAUGAAUGUACCUGAGAAAUGGUCUGGCAGAAUAUGGGGAAGACAGAUCUGCAACUUUGAUCGGAAUGGGAAGGGCACCUGCGCCACCGGAGACUGCUCCGGGCAGCUGCGCUGCCGGGGGCUGGGCGGGGUGCCGCCAGCAACGGUGGUGGAAAUGACUCUAGGCUCGGCCACUUCGCCGCUGCACUUCUAUGAUGUGAGUCUGGUCGAUGGCUUCAACUUGCCAGUGUCGAUGAAGCCGGUCGGCGGAGGGAUUGGCUGCGGCGUGGCGUCGUGCGAGGUUGAUUUGAAUGUCUGCUGCCCGUCUGCGCUGGAGGUCCGGGUAGGCGGGAGAGUGGUGGGCUGCAAGAGCGCGUGCUUGGCGAUGCAGUCGGCUAAGUACUGCUGCACCGGGGAGUAUUCGAGCCCCAAAACUUGUAAGCCAACGGUUUUUGCAAAUCUGUUCAAGGCCAUCUGUCCCAAGGCUUAUUCUUAUGCAUUUGAUGAUUCCUCCAGCCUCAACAAGUGCAGAGCUUCGAGAUAUCUCAUCACUUUCUGCCCUCCACAUUGAAGAUGAGAUUAAGAAAUAGUUUCAGAAAACAGCAAGAGAUGCAAGUUAGCAUUUAGCAUGUAUGGAAAGUAUUGAUGUAAUGAACAAAAGUAUUACAUUUUGCACAAUUCUGUUUUUAUUAUUAAAAAUGAAAUCAGUUGCCUAUUUGCAAUACAAACACUAACUAAUC